AGUUCCUUGUACUUAUUGGUGAUGGCCAAGUCGAUCCGUUCUAAGGUCAAGAAGCGCUUCAGAACCUGUAAGAGGCAGUUGGUGAGCGCCACCAUCGAUAAGAAACGACUCCAGGACACCAACCAGAGGUUGCGAGAAGUCGCCAGUGGUGUCUUUGUGAAACCUGCUAUGCCGAAGAACGCUUUCCUCUAUCCGGACGAUCCAGAGGCGGCUUUCCCUAAGGUUAUUGUGGCGAAGCCUUUGGAUUUCCGGAGUGAAGCGAUGCCUCAUAGUGGUUACGCUAUCACUGGUAACCGUAGAAAGUAUGUCGCCUCGGAACUCGAGAGCAUCCCUAAGGUUGUCGUUGGUGACGAUAUCGGCGGCUCUGUGAGAGCUAAGUUGGCUUUUGUACAAAAGCGUAACGACGAUGACACUGAAAUGGGAGCUCCUCGGAGCGUCUCUGCGCCUGUCCCAGCUACAGGUGUUGUCACGCAGGGCGACUUGUCGAAGGUAGUCGAGAAGGAGAAGAGCCAAGGUGUUAAUGUUAAGUUCCAACUGGUGGUACCGUCCGUGGUGUCAAAGCUUCCUAAGAGUCAGAAGCGUAGUAGAGAUCGCACAUCGCUUAAGACGAGACGAGGAGCUGAUCGUCGCUAGGUUGUAUAUUGUCCCAACGUAUGAAAUCAGGCGAGCAUAACGUUACUUUUCCGACA